UGAUCGUACGAACUUCGUUUAGCGUGAACAAUAAUUUGUCAAGAUCGUCAUUUGUGUUACAAUUAUUAUUCACACAAUAAUUCGUCAAAAUCAAUUGAUCCGAUUAUCGAUCGGCCCACCAUAAUAUUGUUACGUGAGAAAGGAAAAAAAAAAAAAGAAGAGAAUAUUUUCUGUUUUCCUGUUAAAUUAAAAAAAAAAAAAAGAAAAAAAAGAAAAUAUGCGCGUUGCAAUCGUUGGAGCAGGUGUUAUCGGUAUGACCAGUGGAUUGGCGUUGAAAAAAAAUUUUCCGGAAUAUCAGGUGACCAUUUUUUCGACAGUGUUUACGCCAAAUACAACAGGCGAUGGCAGUGCCGGACUUUGGACACCAUUUUUACUUGGCGACACACCCCAAGAAAAUAUUUUAAGAUGGUCAGGAAGAACACUACGUUUGUUCGAAAAAUUUUGGAAAUUUGGCCUGGCCAAGGAAACUGGUCUAUGCCUAUUGCCGAUAACUUAUGUAACCAGUGAAAACCAUACGAAUAAUAUGCCAUGGAUUAAACUAGUUUAUGGUGCUCAUUCAUUAACAUUGGACGAAUUAAAAAAAUUAAACGAGGAACAUAAAAGCAAUUAUGUAAAUGGUUGGCAUUUCGUGACGUACACCUGCGAGCCAACAAGUUUCUUACCUUGGCUAACGAAUAAAUUUGUCGCAUUGGGUGGCAAAUUGAAAAGAAGAACGAUUCGUGACUUAAGUGAAUUGAUUGACGAUGGUUAUGAAAUUGUUAUCAAUUGCAGUGGUCUUGGAGCACGAGAACUCGUCAAUGAUGACACUGUCACAGCUGUGAGAGGUCAAGUUACUAGGGUAAAAGCACCCUGGGUCCUGAAUUGUUUCGUGGUGGACGAUGACAAUUGCAAUUACGUUAUACCAAAUACAAACAACGUCAUCUUAGGCGGUACUCAUCAAGAAGGGGAUUACGAUCUUUGUGUGCGAGAGAAGGAUACAAAAUUCAUUCACGAAGGUUGUCAUCGUAUUAUUCCAUCAUUAAAGAAAGCUGAAAUAUUAAGAUCAUGGGUCGGCCUACGACCUGCAAGAUCAAAAGUUCGUUUAGAAAUGGAAAGUUUGGAAUCUAAAAGAAAUGGUAAAAAGUGUCACGUGAUACAUAAUUACGGUCACGGUGGUGCUGGUCUUACUUUGAGUUGGGGAUGUGCAUUGGACGUUGUUGAUAUUGUUCGAAGUAUCGAUCGAAAUGAAAGAAUACAUUCGAAAUUAAUAUUAAAGGAUAAUAAAUUAAUAUUUCAAAGUAAUGUACGAGACAAACAUACGAACAGAAGUGAUGUUAAGUUAUUUGUCAUGAGUAUCCUUGAAAGUAUCAAUAAACAUAAUAUUACGAUAGUGAACGAGCCCAAGAAUAUUCGUCCCAAUACUUUUUCAAGAAUUUUACGUGAAAUUGAUUACGAGGAAUUAGGCGAAUCGACUUUUAAUAACAAUUAUUCUGAAACUGUUUUUCAUGGUCCUUUGAAAAAUCAUAGGAUAGAAAAUGAAAAAGUUAUCUUAUGUGCCGAAAGUGACACCGAAUCGAGGAAGACUAAUCCUGAAAAUUCAAAAACGAAAAAGAAAAAGAAACGAAGAUACUUAACUAUUUGCACAAGUAAUUGCAAAUACGAAGUAGUUAGACGCGUAGCAGCACGAUUUGGUAUGAAGGAAGUGACAGAAGACAGUAGUUGGAAUCUUUAUUGGACCGAUCUCAGUAUCAGUAUUGAACGUGCUAAGGAUAUGAAAAGAUAUCAAAAGGUCAAUCAUUUUCCUGGUAUGACGGAAAUAUGUCGUAAGGAUUUACUUGCCAGAAAUCUUAAUCGCAUGUUGAAACUCUUCCCGAAGGAUUAUAAUUUUUUUCCUAAAACUUGGUGCUUUCCUGCUGACCAUGGCGAUGCCAUUGCAUAUUCGAAAACACGUCGGGCAAAAACAUAUAUAAUCAAACCGGAUACUGGUUGUCAAGGACGUGGAAUUUACUUGACCAAAAAUUUGAAGGACAUUAAACCAAGCGAACGCAUGAUUUGCCAAGUCUACAUUUCCAAGCCAUAUUUGAUAGACGGAUAUAAAUUCGAUUUACGUAUCUAUACAUUGAUAACAUCAUGCGAUCCUCUUCGAAUAUAUGUUUACAAUGAUGGUCUAGCAAGAUUUGCUACGAGUAGAUACAAGGAACCAACAGGUCACAAUACAUCAAACGUUUUUAUGCACUUAACUAAUUAUGCUGUUAAUAAACACAGCCGUAUGUACAUUGUUGACGAAGAGAUAGGUAGCAAAAGAAAGAUCUCGACAUUGUUGAAAUGGUUAAGAGUUAAUAAUAUCAACGUUGACGAACUAUGGAAUAAAAUCGAUGAGAUUAUUAUAAAAACAAUAUUAGCAGCUCAACCAGUUUUAAAACAUAGUUAUCGUACGUGUUUUUCAACACACGAUAGAACAAACGCCUGCUUCGAACUUUUAGGAUUCGACAUUUUACUCGAUUGGAAAUUAAGACCAUAUCUAUUGGAAGUCAAUCAUUCGCCGAGUUUUCAUACGGACGCACAAAUCGACAAGGACGUUAAGGAGUCACUUUUGACCGACACCUUUGAAAUGUUGAAUCUUCAACAGUGCGACAAAAAGAAGAUCAUAGAGGAGGAUAGAAGACGCGUUAGGGAUAGAUUACUUCAAGGUGUGAUCUUGAAAGAUUUUAGUUCGAACAACGAUAAUACGAUGAUCGGUUUAUUGAAGUCAGAAAAAAACGAACAGGAUUAUAUAGAGAGACAAUUUAAAUGGGAGGAUGAUCAUGUCGGUAAUUUUCGUCGAAUAUAUCCGUCCAUUGGCGACGAUAAAUAUCAACAAUUUUUUAAACAAAAUGGCACGACAGUGUUCCAAGAGACCGUGGCUUCACGUGCACGCGAGGAAGCUUCUAAGGUUCAUAAAGAGGAGAACGAAAUUAAAAUAAAAGAACAGGAGAAUAAAAGGACCAAUGGCAAGUCGUACGAACAGAAAUCAAUUCCAGAAAGUCCAAAUGUCCGACAAAAAAAUAAUAACAAUAAACGUUUGGAACAUAAAUCUUUCACAUAUUUCAAAAAUAUCAUACCGCAAAGGCCAUUGCCAAAAAAUUCGAACAAAGUAUUGUCCUCAUUUGAACCAGAGCUAAUAUCAGAAUCCGAGGAAAGAGAAAGGAUAACUGCAUUGGCCCAACGUGAUUUUCUUUUACGAAGUUAUGGCAUAUUAGAACAGAUUUAUAUGGCCAUGAAACAGAAUGGUACGCUUAGGGACAAGGACGUUAAAAAAUAUGGCGUAUAUGGGAGAUUGGCAUUGAAAAAUGAAAAAAAUCUAUUCCCUCAAAAAGUUCAUCGUUCGGCUUGUCAAGAGGCAAUGUUAAAUCAUCAUAAUCAUCAUAAUUGUCAUGAACGUCGAUUGAAUCAUUGUUCGUAACGAUUUCGUCCAAAUGAAUAAUGGAAAAAAAAUUAAAAAAUAAA